UCGGAAAGGGGUCCCAAGCAGUCGUGGCCAAACCUGGUCAUCUAGCCCCAAUAGAAGUCUCACUACUAUCUCACCAAGUCGCCAAGUCUGAAAAGCCCUCGUUAUGAGACUACCAAGAGGAAAUCUCUCCCUGAAAUCCCCUAGCUCUGGAUCUGGACCAGCCUUGCAGCCCUAGCUGUGCUUCCAAGACCAUCUAGACCCCGCAGAUAUUGUCUGUGGAGCAAGAGACUGAUUCAGAGAGCCCUGGAAGGUGAUCCCAGAGAUCUCUCCUGGGAGAGAUCCCAGGAGCAGACUCGGAGAAAUGCGACCAAGACCUCUGAAGCGCUGACCUCUUUGGGGACAAUCUGAGUAAAUGCUCAAUCCGUGUGGUCAACCCCAUGGUGACCAAAAACAAACUCUCCAUCCGCCCAAAGCUAGGAAAGCAGUCCCAAAAACUACGGACUUCCUUAAGGAAGGCAGAGCCUUGAGAACGCAGAUACUCCGCCCCGUUGCUCAGGGAUUGGUGAAGCAAAAGAGGGAGGAGACCAAAUGCAGGCUGUAUAAAUAUUCAUGAGCCGGCCUGGAGGCGCUAGCUGACUAAAGCCGGGAAGUUAGGCGAAGGGCGCAGCUCCCGUGGAGGAGGAGGAGGCUGGGACUACGGCGCUCAGGUGUCCCCUCUGUCUUUUGCUCUGGAUUUGUUUGUCGGUCUAGCAAGAAAGCACGUCCUGCACCCUGCCCGACUGUGGCCAGAACGCGGCUCGGACUUUUGGUGGCUGCAGAUGCAAGAGGACCGACGCAGGAGUGAGAAGGCGGCGGCCUGAGCAGCCGAGGGCCCGGAACUCUGGCAGUGGCGGCGCGGCCUGGAACGGACAUGAACCCUCGGGGCCCGAAGAGGGGCCGCUAGGUCUGACCCGAGAGUCUAGAGGCCAGACACAGCCAUCUUGCCUGAAGCCAGAAAGGAAACUUGAGGCGCCCUCUGCGCCUUCGCCGCUGGGAGCCACACGAAGUGUCUGAGCUUGCAGGAGGACCUACACGAGCUCAGGAGAAUGAUCCCGGGGGCCACCGCUCCGCUCCGAGAGGGCUGAGUGCGACUCAGAGGGCGCAGGACAGGACCCUGUGGAAUUGUGGCGCGUCUGCGGUCACCCCAGGAGAGGCGUGGGGGAGGGCCGGACGAGUCCUGCCUAGGCUUCCGACCCUGCUGCCACAGACGCUGCCUGAAAAGGAGAUAAAUUGUUGGCAGCUUCUCCUCUCGGCAGAGAAAAGCCGGACAAGCCCUUCUGGUCGCCUGCACUCCCUUUUCUCAGGUUCCUCACCGUAGAGCCCUUCUGCGCGCCGCCCGGAGGAGGAGGACUUGGGGUCCCGGCGCUCAGCAUGGAGUGGGGUUACCUGUUGGAAGUGACCUCGCUACUAGCCGCCUUGGCGGUGCUACAGCGCUCGAGCGGCGCUGCCGCGGCUUCGGCCAAGGAGCUGGCGUGCCAAGAGAUCACAGUGCCGCUGUGCAAGGGCAUCGGUUACAACUACACCUACAUGCCCAACCAGUUCAACCACGACACGCAAGAUGAGGCGGGCCUAGAGGUACACCAGUUCUGGCCGCUGGUGGAGAUCCAGUGCUCCCCGGACCUCAAGUUCUUUCUGUGUAGCAUGUACACGCCCAUCUGCCUGGAGGACUACAAGAAACCUCUGCCGCCUUGCCGCUCGGUGUGUGAACGCGCCAAGGCCGGCUGCGCGCCGCUCAUGCGCCAGUACGGCUUUGCCUGGCCUGACCGCAUGCGCUGCGAUCGGCUGCCGGAGCAGGGCAACCCCGACACUCUGUGCAUGGACUACAACCGCACCGACCUCACCACGGCCGCGCCCAGCCCACCGCGCCGCCUGCCGCCGCCGCCGCCUGGCGAGCAGCCGCCCUCCGGCAGCGGCCACAGCCGCCCGCCAGGGGCCAGGCCCCCACAUCGUGGCGGCAGAGGGGGCAGCGGGGACACGGCGGCUGCGCCCCCUCUCGCGGCGGGAAGCGAGGCCCCUGGCGGCGGCGCCGCUCCCUGCGAGCCCGGGUGCCAGUGCCGCGCGCCUAUGGUGAGUGUGUCCAGCGAACGCCACCCGCUCUACAACCGCGUCAAGACCGGCCAGAUCGCCAACUGUGCGCUGCCCUGCCACAACCCCUUCUUUAGCCAGGAUGAGCGCGCCUUCACAGUCUUCUGGAUCGGCCUGUGGUCGGUGCUCUGCUUCGUCUCCACCUUCGCCACUGUCUCUACCUUCCUCAUCGAUAUGGAGCGCUUUAAGUACCCGGAACGGCCCAUCAUAUUCCUCUCUGCCUGCUACCUCUUCGUGUCUGUCGGGUACCUGGUGCGCCUGGUGGCUGGACACGAGAAAGUGGCCUGCAGCGGCGGCGCGCCGGGUGCAGGAGGAGCUGGGGGUGCGGGCGGCGCGGCGACCGCUGGCGCGGGGGCGGCGGGAGCGGGGGCGAGCAGCCCGGGCGCGCGCGGCGAGUACGAGGAGCUGGGUGCAGUGGAGCAGCACGUGCGCUAUGAGACCACUGGCCCGGCGCUGUGCACGGUAGUCUUCCUCCUUGUCUACUUUUUUGGCAUGGCUAGCUCCAUCUGGUGGGUAAUCCUGUCUCUCACGUGGUUCUUGGCGGCUGGUAUGAAAUGGGGCAACGAGGCCAUAGCAGGCUACUCGCAGUACUUCCACCUUGCCGCGUGGCUCGUGCCCAGCGUCAAGUCCAUAGCGGUGCUGGCGCUCACCGUGGACGGCGACCCGGUGGCGGGCAUCUGCUACGUGGGCAACCAGAGCCUUGACAACCUACGCGGCUUUGUACUGGCGCCACUGGUCAUCUACCUCUUCAUUGGGACUAUGUUUCUGUUAGCUGGCUUCGUGUCGCUGUUCCGAAUCCGCUCAGUCAUCAAGCAACAGGGAGGCCCAACCAAGACUCACAAGCUAGAAAAGCUCAUGAUCCGCUUGGGCCUCUUCACCGUGCUCUACACGGUGCCCGCCGCCGUCGUUGUCGCCUGCCUUUUCUAUGAGCAGCACAACCGACCGCGCUGGGAGGCCACGCACAACUGCCCAUGCCUUCGCGACCUGCAGCCAGACCAGGCUCGCAGGCCCGACUACGCGGUCUUCAUGCUCAAGUACUUCAUGUGCCUAGUGGUGGGCAUCACAUCAGGCGUGUGGGUCUGGUCCGGCAAGACUCUGGAGUCCUGGCGUGCGUUGUGCACUCGCUGCUGCUGGGCCAGCAAGGGCGCUGCAGUAGGCGCGGGCGCCGGAGGCAGCGGCCCUGGGGGCGGUGGCCCCGGGCCCGGUGGGGGUGGGGGGCACGGCGGAGGCGGGGGAUCCCUCUACAGCGACGUCAGCACCGGCUUGACGUGGCGGUCUGGCACGGCCAGCUCUGUAUCUUACCCUAAGCAAAUGCCAUUGUCCCAAGUCUGAACCCUGAACGGAAGCCCAGAAGGGGCGGAGAGGGGUGGGGGAUGGAGAACCCGAGGGCGGCGAAGGGACCCCAGAUCGGCCGGGGUUCCCACCCCUUCACCGUGUUGACUGCUAUUAGCAUGAUAAUGAACUCUUAAUGGUAUCCAUUAGCCACAGGGACUUAAAUGACUCCCUUAGAACAAAGUACCUGGCAUUGAAGCCUCCCAGACCUAGCCCCUCCCCUCCGAUGCUCCGGAGCGCCUACCCUAGACAAUGGUUUCAGUGGGCUAGCAUAGUUGGAACCCUCCUGGAUACCCUGGAUGAGUCUUGAGGUAAUACCACUACAGACUUCACCCAAGGGACUGCUUCACCCUCGACUUCCUCAGCAUAAAUUCAACCUUUCAUACAUCCUAGAGGAGGGACAACUGCUACCUUGUGGGACUGCACGGUUUGGGUAUUCUUAAUGACCAGGCAGAUGCCUUAAAUAAACAAUAAAUGUCUUAAUUAUACACCCCAAGUAAAUACGGGUUUCUUACAUUAAAGGAUGUAUUUAUAUAAUUAUUUGUUAAGUUGUAAAAAAAGGUGUAAAUUAUGUAUAUAUCCAAAGAUAUACAAUGUGUACAUUAUUUGUAAAAAGUUUAGAGGCUACCCUGUAAGAACAAAUAUAAGUAUUCUAUUUUGUCAAUAAAAUGACUUUUGAUAAAUGAUUUAAGUACUACCCUGUCCCCCACCUCUUUUGAACUGUUCCCCAUAUGCUUGCUAAGGACAUGUGAGGAAAUGGACAUUUUCUGGCUUGCCAUUUUGUACUGACUUUAGGCAUGGAGACAAUUACCUGUUAACCUCUAAUCCUUGAACUGUUAGCAAAGUAAAUAUCAUUGUUGAAUUGAAAUCAAAAUCGCGUUUUUGCACUUUCCCCCAAAAAUGGUGGUUUUUAUGGUCUCUCCUUGCUGGCCUGUGUAGCUCUCUUCAUGAUGUGUGUGGGUAGACAAUUUGCAAAGGUAGCCAUUCCACUUGGCCUGUUUAUUUGCUGGUUAUAAUGCCACUUACACUGAAACAGCAGCCCUAUGUGAGUAUCUUCAGUCUGUGACUUUGAAAGCCCUGGCCUUUUACGGACCUGACCACACUCAGAAAUGUGGAGGUUAGUAUUUGAGGCCACAGGUCACCUCUAUACUGUAAGUCACUUGACAAUAUGGUGUAGUAAAGCAGGUGCUGCCUAACAGAUUGAACGAAUGGGUUAACUUCUUAAUAGCAUUCCCUGCUUGUGUAUUCCAAGUGUGCUGCUUUUCCUGGAGAAAAAAAAAAGCUAUUGUUCCUCUGUCAAGACUAAGCUAAUUUAUUUGAACAGAAGGCUGUUGAAUCAGCAGAAGAAUGUGCUGGCAAUUGUUGAACUUUUUACCUGUCUGCCCAGUGCCUCUGCACAUCAUUCCUUUAAGAGGAGCUAAAUGAAUAGGGUUAAUCUGUAGGGAACUUAGUCUUUUGAGUUUGGAAAACUUUGAUCUUUUCUCCUCUGUGAAUGAGCUGUAUAGUCUGAAGUUUCUUUCCCUGCUGCCUGGCUCCUCUUGGUGCGGACCAAUUGGCCACCGUGGAGCCUUAACGCUCUUCCAUUAAAGGGAUGUGGGACUUUUACUUUAAAAAGGAGAGGCAGAGAGGGAGAGGAAGACUUGUAACAGUUAGUGAAGACCUGAGGCGCAAGUACGCUCAGCCUUUUCAACAGCUUUCCAGGGCUUUGUUAGCCAGCCUGCAGGCAGCUAGGCCUGGGCUGUACAUUAUAGAAAAGGCUCUGAAUGCCCCACAGGUGGUCUCUGCACAUAAUCCCCCAAUUUAAAGCAGUUUCCUUUGCUGGACAAUUGCAUUACAAAACUCCCUUCUUUUACACUCCUAAUUGAAGCAAUGAACUAUUAUAAACUACAAGUUUUUCUUUAAAAAAAAAAUCCUCAGUGCCUAAAUUCUAUUGACUAAAUGCUGGCAAAUUUUCUAAACUGGACCUUUUAAACCACUUGUGGAGAACGCUUCUUCUGCAGAUAUUUUUCAGAUAUUUUUAUUCCUUAGGCUUUUUAAUUUCUGGAAGAUUAGCAAUAAUUUAAAAGUAAUUGGUAAGAUUGUAUGUUCACACUGAAAAGAUAGCCCCAGGUCCCUUAUUAACCUGUCAAUCAAAAUAAGAAACUGGCAGCUACCCUGCUAAUAACUGGAGUCCAGCAUUGUGGAUGGGGAGGGACCCUGGGUACCCUUCUUAGAUGUUUGUUUCUCUUUGGUUUUCCUUUAGUGACUAAAUUCUGAAUUAAUAAGAUGAAAGCUACUUAUUUUACAGAAAUUCAUGAAGAGGCAUUUUUAAAAAAAUUUUUCUAUUCCCUUUCAGAGUCACAGUUCGUGUUAACUGAAAUUUUAAAAUUAGAUAUAUACUGUGAAUACAUACUAUAGUUGUCAUGCCAAUUUUACCUUCAAAAAUCGGGCAUCUUGCCAGCAGUUUUAUUUGUUAAAUAAUUACUGGUUUGUGACCUAGGUACAUGCGUGCACUCCCACCUAACCCACACUUACAAGUGGGAUGCUGAGUGUGUAUAAACUGGCCAUGAACUCUGUGUAUUCAGUAAUAAGGUCAAAGUUAGGGGCAAGGCUUUAUCACAUGUGUGGAAAAGAGCUAAAAGUUGCUGGUUUACGACAUUCUCGGUAGCAAUUUUUAACCAUGAUAACUUUGGGGAGUUGUUAUUUUGAGUCUUUUACCUCAUUAGUAUUCCAUGCAUUCUUGUAAAAUGUCAUAUUUGAUAACUUUUACAAGAUGGCUGUAAUGGUGUGCAGCUAAGCAAACUUAUAAAUAAAAAAAA